GGGACCCCGCCGUGCAGACAUCUGUGUUCCCGACUCGUACAUCGGCUGCGUCACACCUUGGCAACGUCGACGGCACAAGCUGUAAUAUAUUGGAGGACAGAAGCACCGUCCGGAAUCAAGAAAAUAUCAUAAUUAAGCGGGUUUACUGCUUAUCGUGAAGGAAAAUGGUCAAACUAGGGAACAAUUUUAGCGAAAAGAAUAAUGGGAAGGGGGUUAGUGAAGACGGGUUCGACACAAUCCCCCUGAUCACACCGUUAGAUGCCAGUCAACUGCAGUUUCCAGCUCCGGAAAAGGUGGUGGUGAAGACAAAGAGCGACUACGAUGGGGACAGCAAGAAGGCCAAGUUGAGGUCCCCUAAAAUUGCAGAGUUCUCUAUAAGCAUCAUCGAGGGAGUGUCUGAGCGGCUCAAGGUGACUCUGCUGGUGAUCUGUGCCCUGGCCUUCCUGGUGUGUGUGGUGUUCCUGGUGGUUUACAAGGUCUACCAGUACGAACAGCCCUGCCCGGAGAGCUUUGUGUACACGCAAGGGCGCUGCAUGCCGGCCGGGAUGUACGGCUCCUACCCCCCCCAGGGCCCGGGGGGCCGCGGCCGCCUCUUCACCAUCAUCAACCACUACAACAUGGCCAAGCAGACCAUCACGCGCUCCGUGUCGCCGUGGAUGACCGUCAUGUCCGAGGAGAAGGUCACCCAGCAGGAGACGGAGACCGCCCAGAAGCUGGCCUGAUCCCCUCACCCCCCCCCGGUCCCGUCUCCCGUCGCCGUCAGCGAACAAGCGGCGUUUGACUGCCACCCAAAAUGUUUGUGUCUUUUCUGAGGGAAACCUAAAACAAAGUCCCGUUGUUUUUUCUGUGGGGUCAAACAUGAGCGUGAUCCCCUCUGAGCUGCUACGUCGGCCAAGGCUGAGGUGGAAGCCGAGGUCCAAUUUUAAGUGAGGAAUUUAUUUUGAGGGGAUGUUUGUGAAGCGAUUUUGCGGGAAGGCCAGGAUUUACCGGUUCCCUGGAAUUCCUGGUUUGUUUGGGCAGCAUAGGGUGAUUUACACUUAUUACAUAUUUAAAGAUAGUCCGUAAAAACGUAGAAGCGCCUCAUGAACACAGAGCAACAACAACUGGCGCACAGAUAAUUUCUCUGUGCAUAGGCAUUGGAAACAGAGACCUCACUUUACUUAAGAACAGCUGGAGUGAGUGUUGGUUAUGUCUGCCUCACCUCUUUCCAACACACAAAUGCAUGACUCGUGCCAUGGUGGAUUGGUUCUCCAGUCAUUUGAAAGCUGAUUCAGUCUUGUGAGAGUGCUAAUGCACUAUUAACAGGCAGACUAGGACACAGUGGAACCAGCAGUGUCUUGUGUUCUCUACCCUUCUAGUACUUUCCCUGGUCCUCACCUACCAUGUGUUUAAGGACUCUAUGACCACUAGAUUAAACAGGCUCCCUGAUUCAGAUUCAUUUGAAAUGAAUGUCUAAAUGUGUUUUAACUCUUUGUAAGCAGCACCAACGUGUUUAUUUCGACUCAACAUUGACAAAAUACACAAAGAUGUAAACAAUGUAAGAACUGCAUAAGAACUCUAGAAGGGUUUUCUACCAGCAUAAUCUAUUUAUUGUAUUGAAUGUUUUGUGCACUGCAAUAUGAAGAUACUGUCUUGUGCAAUGCUUUGAAUUUAUUUAGUGUAGUGACAAUGGAUGGCUAUUGGUAGCUAUUUUAAAAGAUACUUGUACAAUUUGAUGUAGUAGAACAAUCUGACAGUAGUACUUGUGGUUGUUGCCUUUUCUGUAUCAGUCAUUUCACAGUAGCUGGCAGAAAGGAUGUAUCUUUUUAAACAAUGAAGUAUUAUAUUUAAAGUGCAUUUGCUACUGAAACUGUAAACUUAAGAAUGGGAAUGAAGUGCCAACAAACAGCAGAUGAAAUGGUUUACUGACAUUAAAUUGUAAGAAGGAAAUUUGUUAAUGAAAUGGGUUUUCAACACUGAUGAGAAAAUGUAAAUAAAUUAAUCCUACUAUUA